AUGAAAUUAAUUUGCAAUCCUCAAUACGAGUACGAAAUUAGAUCUUUAGAAGAUAUGGACUUGAACAACCAAUACAUUUCCUCCGACGAGAUAUCCCUGCCUGCAAUGUCCAGGACGAACAGUCAAACUCCAUCGCCGACCUUCAGCUUCGACACAAUUACAAGUCAGAAUGUUUCUGCAUAUGAAGAGAAGAAAAUGAUGCAACUACAACUACAGCAACAAAUUCAACCAUUGUUGCCAUAUCCAUACAAAUGUGAACAAUCUCAACAGCAGCAGCCACAGCAGCUUCCAUUGCAACCUGAUCUAUGGUACAAAUCAGGAGAUCAACAAGCUCAUCUGCCACAGCUUCAAAAAUAUAAUUAUUUAUUGGAACAACAACCUCUGCAAACAAAUGUAACCAAAUCAGUGAUUGGCCAAGAAAGAAAUACAAAGCUAUCUAUAAAACCUAGUGCCAAACUUCCAAAAUCCAGUGCCAACCUUCAACAAUCCAGUGCUAACCCUCAAGGAGCCGACAAAUCGGUGAACUAUCGAAAUGACGACAGUGAUAUGGAUGCUUGGCUAACGCCGUUAUGUUGUUUGUGCUCGAAAAGUUCGGAAAACAUGUUUCUUUUAAGCUGUGUACACAUAUACUGCAUCGACUGCAUUGCGUUACACAUUACAAGUAAUUCAACUAAUUUCCUCUGCGUGAGAUGUGGGCACCUGCAAAACUUCUCCUUGCCAAAAGGUAAACUUGCAAGAGAUUACACAGCCAAGAACAGCCUUCAACUUGAAAAAAGUGGAAUUGUUAGAAGGUCACCUGAAAUAUUUGAGAAUGAUUAUACAGUAUGCAGACUCUGUAAAACUGCAGAUCAGCUAACGGCCCCAGCAAUAGCCUACUGCCAAACAUGUCAAGCCGGUAUAUGCGAUGUAUGCGUGAGUGUGCACAGACAUAUGGGUAACUUUAGAAAUCACAGUUAUGAGUUGAAUUACAAAGUUAGACCAUCUGAGUGUUCAUUGCAUAAAAUUAUCAUGAUUGGUUACUGUUGGAACUGCGAAGUAGCCAUUUGUAAUACUUGCUACAUAACUAAGUGCUUUCCUGACCAACAUGGAGUUACAUCAAUGGUUGAUAAAAAACAACUGACUGACAUCAAGAAUAAAUUAGCAAACCAUGUGAACGCUGCUAAAAAUUUGGUACCAUUCGUGACUGAAGCAUUAAGAAAUUUGCAUCAUGGUAAAAAUAUUCUGAUGUUGCAAGAUCAGUUGAUCAAUGUAGAAUGUUUGAAUCCACUGAACGAUCAGCAAAGUUUAGCAGAGAGAAAAAUGUUUAAUUUUUGCAACAUGAAACAACUAGAAUUGAAAAUAGACGAACUAAGCCGUGAUAUACCUAUUGGUGGGAGAGCAAUCUUGUAUUACGAAAGGUUGCUUCGUCUUACAGAUGACGUCGGCCUAUUAAGUGCGAAAACAUUUUUAGAAGAAAAACUCAAGUCCUUCAUUCAUGCUGGAUAUUCAGUUUUAGAGAAUGAAAUGCAUCAAAAAAAUAUAGAAAUCCCUUACAUUCUUCCCAUUCCUGAGGGCGCCAAUUUCAACGCAGACGAACAAUCAAACAUGCUGUUAUGUGAAAUGAGUCAAAACUUCAAAGGACUUACGGUAAAUGAUGGAGUUUCUAAUUUAGAAACUGUGAAGCAGGAGAAACGGAACUUUCAAAUAAAAGGCCGCUCGGAUUUGUAUCCGACUCAAUCAUCCAUUAAUCAGGACGCUAACGAAGCACCAUUCAAUCAGCCAAAAAGUUUCAAACAACUGACGACAGUUAACCAAUUAUUUCCUUCCAAACAGAAAAUAUUGUCAAAGCCUUCAAGCCAAAUUUGGAAAAAACCAGAACCUACUUCUAAAAUAAAUGACGUUUUUUCAAAUGCAGACCAAUUUCAAAUACCCGAUGAAGAAAUACCAUACUAUGCUGGAAAAAAGAAGAUCUUGGUUGAGGGUGAUCGAGUCUACCGAAUCAAGUUGGCUUUCGUUAAUAGUUUUGGGAGUGGUCAAAAUCCAUUUAAUGAUCCGUGCGGAAUAUGCUCAAACAAAAGUGGCAAUAUCUUAAUAGCAGACUCCAACAAUCACAAGAUUAAUAUUUUCACUGCUGAAGGCAAAUUUAUUGGUCAUAUUGGUUCAGAGGGAAAAAAAGGUGAUGACCGGCUAGAAUAUCCAAACAGAGUAGCUACAUGCCCUAAGACCAAUAAUAUUGUCAUAACGGAAAGGAAACCUUCUAAUCAUAUUAAAGUUUUUACGUCUGAUGGAGCGCUUGUGAAAAAGUUUGCCGGUCCCAAUUUUAUUCAGAACGCUAGGAGUUUGUGUGUUGAUGGUGACGGAAACAUAAUAGUGCUAGAGAGCAAGGUCAACCGUGUCAGCAUUUUUGACAAAAGCGGAGAAGUGGUGAACCAAUUUAGUUGCCCUCAAAUGAGCUUCCCCAUGUCCAUCGCCGUCAACGAUCAGCAAGAACUUUUCAUUUGCGAUAACAACAGCCACUGUGUUAUGGUGUAUACUAUCUCCGGGGAGUUCUUGAGAAAGUUUGGUAAUGAAGUAGUGACACAAUAUCCAGUUAGCGUUAAAGUUGGUCAGAAUAACGAGAUUUUUGUCUUUGAUAACCACAGAAACUUUAACGCUACCGUAUUUGAUCGGAAUGGUACUUUGUUAGCAGCCUACGAAGGUAGACACAAACAUGCUCAAGUUUAUGAUGUUUGCCUGAACAAUGAUGGCUCUAUAAGCUUCACUGGCAAAGAUUACAUGAUAACCACUUACAGGCUGCCUUCACGGCAUCGCUUAUAUGUUAAAAAGAAUUAUGAAGAAUCCGGUGCUAGCAACGAUAUGAUCGCUGAUUCAAACGCGGCCGAAAAUAUGCCAGCCAACAUCAGCAACUGUAUAAUUGCCAAUUUUAACGUGGUCGUAAAUAAUAUAUCAGCCAAGUAUUACUCUGACAGCAACAGCCAACAACAACCGAACAGAUUUCCAUUAUUGCCUACUCCUCUUAGUAGUGCCGAUUUCAACAGCAAUGCCAUCAGCAAAAACGGUACCCUCAGUAACAUCAGAAAUGCCAUCAGCAACAAUAGCAAUGUCAUCAGCAACAAUAGCGAUGCUAGAAGCAACAACAAUGUUGACAGUGAGCGCUAUCAGUCUGCUUUGUCAGAUUAUAGCUUGUUCAGCACCGAUACUGGUUACAUUUCGGCGCGUCUAACUCCGGUGUUGUUUAAAUUUAUUUAA